AUGAAAUUUCUUUUCGCUCUUGCCAUCUCGGUGUCCGUGGUCUUGCCCUCAGUGCAAGCCGCCAAAGAAGUGUUUGCCCACGUUAUUGUAGGCAAUGUGCGCUCCCUCGACAAUGCCGACUGGGAAGACAACAUCAAGCUGGCGCAGGAGGCCAAGAUUGAUGCCUUUGUCCUCAAUAUUGCCCAAGGCGAUGAAGGCAACGAGGCGUCCUUGCAAACCAUCUUUCAGGUUGCCGAAAGCCUGAACUUUAAACUCUUUUUCAGCUUUGACUACAAAGCCCUGGGAGCAUGGCCAAAGGAGGAUGUUAUUGACCACAUCACCAGGUUCGGUGCCAGCCCGGCUUACUUCAAAACCGACGACGACAAGCUGUUUGUUUCCACGUUUGAAGGUCCGGACAACGCGGGCGACUGGGCUGACAUCAAGGCAACGACUAACUCGUUCUUCGUCCCCGAUUGGUCAUCUCAGGGCCCGGUUGUUGCUGCUGGACUGGCGGAUGGUGUUGCUGACGGGCUGUUCAGCUUUGAUGCUUGGCCGAAUGGUGACACCAACAUCACCAUCAAAUCUGAUCUCGAGUACCAAGACGCUCUUGGAGACCGAGCAUACAUGAUGGCUGUCUCCCCGUGGUUUUACACCAACCUUAACAACCCCGACUUCACCAAGAACUGGCUCUGGCGUGGCGAUGAGCUCUGGGAUACCCGUUGGGCUCAGGUAAUGGAAGUCAACCCUGAUUUCGUCGAGAUUCUCACCUGGAAUGACUACGGCGAAUCUCACUACAUUGGCCCUGUUCGCGAGAAGGAACUUGGUUUGUUCGAUACGUCUGCGCCAAUCCCCUAUGUCGAGAAUAUGAGCCAUGAUGGCUGGCGCAAGUUCUUGCCUUUUUACAUUGAGCAAUACAAGACAGGAGCUGCUCCGACGGAGUUUGAGGAGAGGGUCGCGGCUUAUUACCGCACCGCGCCUGCUCUUGCUUGCCCUGAUGGCGGUACCACUGGUAACAAUGCGGAUUUCAAUGAGGUGGAGCAGCCGCCGCAGGAUUUUAAUGAGGAUGCUGUGUUUUAUGGUGCGCUUCUGACCUCAGAUGAGGGGGUUACGGUUACGGUCAAGAUUGGGGAGAAUGAGCAGACGGGGACUUUUACGACUUUUCCUGCGAGCGGUGCGGGGACUGCAGGUGUUUAUAGGGGGAGUGUGCCGUUUGGGGGGAAUAGCGGUGAUGUUGUUGUUACUGUGUCUCGGGAUGGGCAGGUUGUGGCUACAGCUGAGGGGGGAAAGCCGUUGGGGGCGACGUGCGAGUUUGAUAUCCAGAACUGGAAUGCUGUUGCUGUAUAG